UUUGUUCAAUAAUGUCUAGUAAUUUUUAAAUUAUUUUAAUAGAGACCAUUUUAGACAUAUAUGAUGUUAGGACGAAUAAGACAAUGAACCCCUGGUACUCCCUCUCUCCAACAUUCAUCAGCACAUGAACUAUUUUGUUCCCAUUGCUGUGUUCACUGAUUCUUUGGAAGCAAAUCCCUGGCAUCAUGCUAUGGUGUGAAAUAAUAUUUUAGAAUAGCUUUUAGCAAGUUAUGGUGAUGUGAAAAUUGUGCCUUAACUAUUUUAUAGUUACUUUUAAUGGGAAAUAGUAAUUGUAUUCCCUUCUAGGGACCUUAUUUACCUUUUUACACUGCUUUGUACAUCCGCCCCCCUCCUUUUUUUUUAAUGUGGAGGUUUUUCUAAAAGAGUUCUUGGCUUACAUUUACAUAUAUUCAGAGUUCCCUUAGCAUAACAGGGGUGCUAAAUAAUGUGUAGUGUCUCUUUUGUAGUUUGUAUAUUUGCAAAAAGUGCUUAAAAAGACUAAUUUGUAUUAAAAUUAGUCUUUUUCUUUGCAUUUUACAGAUUUCUGCAAUAAGUAAUGUUUGCCACUUACAGUUUUUAAAAAUCCAGUUUUGGGUAGAAAAUUAAAUUGUUCCAUAUAACAGUAAAUGGAUCUUUCUUGAUGGAACCAGCUGGAACUUGCUUGUAAUAUAAAGGUAGUGACUAGGGUUGCCCUCCAGCUGGUGUAAGUUCAGAAUUACAGAAAGAUGAGGAGGGUUAGAAUUUUCAUUUAUGUGAGGUCAAGGGUCGUGAUAUAUGAGCUCCUGAAUAUUUGUAAUUUAUCUAGCUCUAGGAGAGCCUACUGAAGUGAGUGGCUGGCUGAGUCCAGUGACCACAUCAGCACAUUCAGUAAUGGCUCUUGACGCUUUUGUCUGCCCUAAAUGAUUUGGUAAGAUCUAGAGUCAUAAUAUAAAAUAAUAGUUUAUUUUGACUUUGUUCUGCUUUGUAAUUUAUAGCAUAGUUUAAAGGAUACCUUUUUUGGAACAUGAAGAUAAAAUCCUCUUGUGUUCUAAAUAAUCUCUGUAUUUUUUAUCUCUUUAAUGAAUUUUAAAUAAUCUCUAUGCAGCAAAAGCACUUUAGAGAGAAUCCUGUUUCAAUCUUUUAAUGUCAGAAGAGUCAACUUGGGUUUAGAGGAGAUUAAGAACUCAUCCAAGGGAAAUAUUUAGUUACCAUGAGUCAGAAUCAGAGUCAAGUUAUAGAUUCCUUGUCCUCUGUAGGAGGAGACAUUGUGGGGAUAAAAGCAGUGGCUUUGUAGUUCUUAGGCAAUUGAAUCUAAGUUCAAAAAAACAAAUAUAGAUAUUUGGAAAUUAAAUAAAGUAAUAUGUAAUAUACCUACUGUCUUAGUCUCCUGGAGCUGUCAUAACAAAAUACCGUAGACUGGUGACUUAAACAACAGAAAUUUAUUUCUCACUCUCUGAAAGCUGAUGUCCAAUAUCAGGUUACCAGCACGGGCAGAUUCUGGUGGGGGCUCUCUUCCAGGCUUGUUCACUGCAUUCUCACUGCAUCUUCACGUGGCAGAGAGAGAGCAUAAUAAUCUCUUUUUACAAAGACACCAAUCACCACAAAGACUCCACUGUCAUGACCCUAUCUAAACCUGAUUAUCUUGCAAAGGCAUCAUCUCCAAAUACCAUGGUAGCAAUAGGGCUCCAACAUAUGAAUUUUGGAGGGGCACUGUUUAAUCCAUAGUACAUAUUGCUAGUGGUCAAUAGCUCUUAAUUACCUCUUCCUGUUUGCCUUCCCCAUUCUCAUACCCUUCACUCCUUCCUUCCUUCCUGCUCUGCACACUUGAUCAUAGUCUUUUUUUUUUUUUUCUUUAAAGAUGGGGUUUCACCAUGAUGGCCAGGCUGGUUUUGAACUCCUGACCUCAGGUGAUCCACCCACCUCGGCCUCCCAAAGUGCUAGGAUUACAGGCGUGAGCCACCACGCCUGGCCGAUCAUAGUUUCUUAUAGCCCAUUGGCAAUGACAUUCUGGUCUUUGAGAGGUUUCAAGAGGGCAGCCUUCAUGAAAAAUACAUUUUAAGCCCUUUCUGGGUGAUCUUUAUAUUUACACCCUCAAAGACAUUUAGAGUCACAUGGUGUGGAUUAGACUCUCCAAGUUAGAGGGAUGUGGAACAGGGAGGGCAGAGGUGAGGCUGCCUGGGUUCAUCAUGCCGGGAAAAUGGUUGUUCUGCCAGACAGCUUUUCCUUUAGGGAAAGUUUUUGGUGAGUUUGGAACUAGAGACUGGUGGGGAAAGCAGGGUGGAUGGCGGGGCUAGUGGAGAAAGGGCUGAAGGAGUGUGCUGCAUUAAGAACAAGGGGGCUGCACCAAGGGAGGAGUGGGCCUGCUCAGGGACUUGCAGUGGCCUUGAAAGGACUGGAGUGCUGAAGCCCUGCUGUCUGGCUUCAGAUUACUGGGUGCCCAAAUUACUUAACCUCUCUUUAUCUUCGUUGUCACAGUCUAAAAUGGGAAGAAUAAUAGUAUUUAUCUUAAAGGGUUGUUCUCAGAAUUAAAUGAAUUAAAGGUGAAGGGCUUAGCAGAGCGAUCCUCCUGCCUCAGCCUCCCAAAGAGCUGCGGUUACAGAUGUGAGCCACCAUGCCCAGCCCUCUUCCUUUGUUUACGUAGAUGUGAGUUUCUAACCUACGUUCUGUUUUCUGUGAAUAAUGUCUUUUUUUUCCUUUGUGAUGGAGUCUCACUCUGUAGCCCAGGCUGGUGAGUGCAGCGGUAUGAACUCAGCUCACUGCAACCUCUGCCUUCCGGGUUUAUGUGAUACUCCUGCCUCAGCCUCCCAAGUAGCUGGGAUUACAGGCACCAGCUAUUAUGCCCGGUAUUCCCAUCUGUCAACAACACUUAAUUUGGAAUAACAUGGAACUUGAAGAUGAUUAUUGCUUGAAUAAUUACAACAUUUCAGAAGGUUGUACCUUGAAGCUCGUUUUGGCUCUGCGUGGUGGACCUAUAAAUACUAGAAAAGUUCCUACAGAAGAUCCUCUUAGGGAGAUGGCAGAGUACUUGGAUUCCAGUCAAGAUGAGAUCUGGGAGAAGAUCUCCUGCAACAAGCAAGUUACAUUUUUGGUAUACCGAGAACGAGAUCAGUUGAAUUUCUUUCGUGUAGUAGAUAGGGGAGAUGGCACUUUAACACCAUUAUCUGAAUCUUUAAGUUACUGUUUUCUUUGUAGUGGUGGUUCUACGUAUAAUUUGUAUACAGAUGAGGAUGAAGAAACUGAGCCUUCUCCUUCUGGGCAACAGAUAAUUGAAAAUUCAAUCACUAUGAAUAAGAUGAAGCUGCUGAAGGCUAAGAUGAAGAACAUGAAUCUCAGCAAAAAGCCUAAGAAAGCUGUCAAGGUAAAACCUCACCCACCUAUAGCUCCUCGACCUUCUAGUGGUUCCACUGCACCAUCUCGCCACCGAUUGUUAAGGGUUCUCCCCAACAUUGGGCAAUCUUGUUUACCUUCUCUUGGGAACACGUAUCUGCCUGAAACAUCCAGGAAUGCAAUUUCAAAUUUGGUAACUCAACUCCCUGCUGAGAGACCCAUAUCUUCUAUCACUGGUGAAUUUCUUAAGGAAGAUGAUAACUGGAAGAAUAACACACUGUCUCCCUCCAGUAGCAGUGUCAAACUACCUCCUCAGAUACCCCACUUGGAGUUGAGAAAUGACGAAGAGCUUGCUGACUCUGUUCUCCAUCUUGGAUCAUCCCUGCCUAGGCAGACAAAACACUUUGUAGGAAACUUGCCAUCUAGUAAUAAGAAGGACACUGUUUUACUUCCACCUACAGAAGAAUGUGUAACCGAAGAAUCACUUCUACCUGAAGUAGGCUCACUGGCUUCAUUUGCAGAAGGAAAGGCUGAUGAACAGAACAGUGGCUUAGAGGGUGCAUGCAAAGUGAAUCCGGAGUUGUUACUCACUAAUGCUGACAAAAGGUUGAAAGCUCCUGAGCAGCAUCUCAAGCAUGUUGCAAGAGUGCUGAAUGGGGAAUCUGUAGAGGCUUCAGUUCUUAACUACCGAGAAUUAAGUCCUCACAAGAACAGACUCUUGUCACCUCUUCACUGUUCUGCACCAAGGUCGCUACAUAAUUCUCUGGUGAAACCACAGAGACAGUCCAAAUGUUUUGAGUCUGGGAAACUACAGUCGUCUUCUCAAAAUGUGUUCCAGUCACUGGAUGUUCGAAACAUAACUGAUUCUUCUUUCUCUGCGACUACUCGCUUUCUAGGUGUUAAAGUUGAUUCACCUGGGAAGAGAUCUGACGUUAUUUCCAAAGUUGAGGCUCGGGAUAUCACAGAAAUGGUUAACAAGGCUUCCAAAGAGCCUGUUGGUUGUGUAAAUAAUAUCAGUUUUCUUGCUUCACUGGCCCGGAGCACAAGCAGAGAUAGUUUCCAGAGUACACGUGGAGCAGGCAGGCUUCGGACCCCUGGAAUUGGGCUGUCUACAAACCUCCAGCAUUUUCAGGAAGAAAACCUUAGGAAAAGUUCUCCCCAGUUAGAACAUACAGAAUUUUUUUUCUCUACCCAUGGUAUUGGAAUGAAUGGAAAUAAUGCAGCAGCAGGGAAAAGAGUAGGAGAAUGUACUACUCAUCACCUCCCACCUGUGAAAGCCCCACCUCACACAAAGAAGAAAACAACAAAUCAUUGUUUUCUUUGUGGAAAGAAAACAGGACUGGUUACUAGCUACGAAUGCAGAUGUGGAAACAACUUCUGUGCAUCUCAUCGUUAUGCAGAAACUCAUGGCUGUACCUAUGAUUACAAGAGUGCAGGGAGGAGAUACUUGCAGGAGGCAAAUCCUGUGGUCAAUGCACCAAAACUUCCAAAAAUCUAACUCUUCCUCUGCACCUUACUGUUCUGCUCGGGAAUCGUAUUAUAAUGACAGAAGAAAUAUUGUUUAGACUGCAUUAUUUUUGUUCGACUCCAAAAGAUUUGCCAAAUAACAAAAACAUACAAUGCAUACUGUUGGAGAACAAGAAUACUACUGUAUGUUACACCUCUACUUCUUGGGGAAACAAGUUUUCAAAGUAGUUUUAAAAACUUUACACUGGAUGAUUUAGCUUUGUUAUUGCAUGUCUUAAGUGUUUUAUAUUUGAUAUUGCAGUUUUAAUAGACACAUCUUCAAAAGAUGCACUUUAGGAACUUAAAUGCUUUCUAAAUAACCAGCCUUCCACAUUGUACAGAAUGAACAGUCAUGUAAUGAUUGGCUCUACUCAAAUGGACCAUAUGGUUUUUUUUUAUUAUCUUUCUUUUCUUCUCCUUCUUAUUCUUUUUUUUUUUCCAGAGGUAGGAUGAGUGGAGAUUUUUUUAAAAUCCCAUGUAUGAAACUUUACUGGGUUUACUAGCAAGUUCCUUUUUACUUCAAGCUACUUCUUAUAAAAAAAGAACAUUUUUCCAGUGUGGUUUUUAACAGAUAUAUAUUUCUUCCACAUUCAGAUAUGUUUUCACUCUAUAAAACACAUCAUGUUCAUGAUAGUGUAUAUUGUACUACUUUUUGAAUGUCAAUUUAAAAACAGAUGUCCCACUUGCCAUUAAAUAUAGAAACCAACUUUUUACCUUUUGAAAAUGGCUACAUUUAAAACAAAAUCUCACAGCUUGGUUUCUCUUAUUUGUUGAGUGCUAUUACCAGGAGAAAUUCAAAUAAAUAUUCAAUUUCAUUAUGA